GAAGAAGAUUUCUAACCUCUCGUCAGUUGCCGCUAAAAAUUUGACUGAGAGAUGCGCGUAUUAUGACUGUUAGAAUGAAAGCAUUUUGAGGACGAUGAUGAUGUGUGUGUGUUCUGCUGUCCUGUGUUUCAUUAUACACCAGGUAAGGCUUCUCUGAAUAAAAGAAGAGCAGGCUUUUGUUCAGCAGGUGUCUGAAGAUUUCUGUAAGUAUAAAUACCAGAGGCAGAAUCUAGGCCACUCUACCCUGAAGUUCUGCUGGAGACUGCUGAAUACUCUGCCAGAUUUCAUUGUCAUUGCUACGUGCCUUUGAGCCUUUUGCUGGAGAUUCUGCAGAAGAUAUUUCCAUUACUGCUGCUACGAAAAAGCUUUAUUCCUUUACCACAAAAGCAAUUUUAAUUGCUACUUGCCUUUGAGUCUUGUGCUCAGAGUUUGACCUUCUUUGUCUUCAAUUUGUCCAGAGCUUCACUCAUUGCUGAGAUAUGGAUUCAAAGAAACCUGUACGCAGGCACCAUUUGCUUUGCCCAGUCUGUUUUAGGACCCAAGAAACACUGUCUUGUCAUCUGCGCAGAUCGUGCAUGAAAAACAGCCCUGAAGCUGCCAUUGAAACGGUGGUCGAAAAGGCCAAGAAUGACGUUUUCCAUCUCCUGAAGUAUGGCAGGACUUUUGACUAUGUGGUCCUUACUCAAAUACUGGCUGAUGGCAAUCCUAUCCAAAGAUGGAUUGAGGAGCUGGAGCGUCAUCACUUGGUUGUGACUAGAAUCCCACCCUCUCUGCCCAAUGCCGAACCAGCCACCGGGCAUCGGCAAUCUGAAACUGUAACUGGACCCCAGGGUGAGCCGUCUGGAGAGUUUGACAGGGACUUGGCAUCUACCAGCAGUGGCGAGGUGUUUCCAUGUGACCGAGAUGUGAAUUAUUCCAACAAGGCCAAGCACAACAUGCUUGAGAUGGGCCUUUAUCAGAAGCAUUCUCUGGACCAUCCACUGCUGAAGGACUUCGCCAAACACCUAGAAUUAGAUCUCAACUAUGUCCAUUACAAACAAGAGGCUGAAAAUGUUUCUCGGUACCUCUACUAUGUCAACCCUAAGACACCAUCCCUGCAGUUUGUCAAUGACAGAGAGAAACUCCGACAGUACCUACGUCACCUCUCUGAUGCAAAAUUAAAAAAACAAACUCAGCAAAAUUACCUCAAGAGCUUGAAAAGAUUCCUGCAUUACCACACUACACUAACCAACCUUAGUGAUGAUGACGUGGCUCUCCAUACAGAGUGCAUGCACUUUAUGGACUUCAUUGAUUCUCUGAAGAAAGCCACCUCUAAGCUAGUGAGCAAAGAGAUCACCCAAAAGAGGCAUGAUAUGUUGAUUGAAAAAGAUCAAUUAACUCCACAUGAGUGCUGGGCUGUUCUGGAGGCUGCCAAGCAAGACUUUUUGGCAAUUAUGGAUAAACUGUCUGACAGUUGUUCUAGCCCGCUGGAGCAUGCAGAGUCCAUCUUUGUGGUGUACUAUCUUGAGGCUGUCGUCAUCCUGAAACACCUCCAACGACCAUGCAUUGUGGAGAACAUGACUGUCACUGAGUGGGUUAACAGGAAACUGGAAGGGCAGCAUUUCAUCAUUGGGGUAAAACAUCACAAGAAUUCAUCAACUCAUGUGGUCGUGUUUGCCCUGUCAGAGGAGGAGGAGCGCUGGUUUGAUACAUACUACAGAUGGGUGCGUCCACAUCUCCUUAGAUCCAUCAGGAAACGCAAGAGAGAUGUGGAGGAUGAGGAUGCAAAAGACAGGUUCUUUGUCUCCUCCACAGGGAAGAAAAUUCACAACCCAUCAAAUGACCUGCUGCGGCUGCACUCAAAAUACAAUCUCUGGUCAGUGAACAGCCACACGGUGCGUAGAGUAUUUGAGACAGCAGGUACCACCUUGACAGAAGGAGAGAAGUCAUUGCUUUCCCAAUACCUGGCCCAUUCAGACACAACAGCCGAGAAGCAUUACCACAUGAAGCAGGUUGAGUUGAUUGUGAAGGCUUCUGAGCUAUUGAGCAACAUGGGUAAAGUGUCAAGUGCUGGGCCUUCUGGGGAAGGUACCAGUCAUAAGUCUUCUGAGGAGAGCUCCAGCUGUGGUGACCAUUACGCUGUCCCUUCUUCAUCCAUCAAACAGCCAGUGAUAAGUCUGACGAGGCUUCCCCCUGACAAUGAGAAGGUCAAAUUCUUUCAAGCAUUUGAAAUCCUCCUGCAAACUCACCCUGUUACACUAAGUGGGAAGAGGCCAGAAGUGAAAGAACGUAGGACUGUGUCUCAAGACUUUCAGCGGAAGCUGUACAAUUACUGGGGGAAGAAGCAGUUUGAAAUGCGUGUAGAACAUACCCGCUCACAAUUCAGUCGGCGUAAGCCAACAAAAGAGCGGGUCGAUGCUUGGGUUAAAAAGCAGGGAUGGAAGAUGAUGACUGCCGAGAUCAGCGAUGAAGUUCUUAAGAACUGGAAACCAUCUGGAUCUGAGGACUGUAUCAUGGACAACACACAGAUACAGAAAUUGGUGCAAACACAGCAGUGGAGAGGACUUCACAUCACUGAGUUUGAAGGGAAGGGCAGAGGAAUCAUUACGACCCGCAUAUUUGAGGCUGGCGAGGUGCUCUGUGACUGCCAUGGAACUGUUGUCACAUUCAGUGAGGGCCAGAAAAUACACAGGAACAACACUGAGAGGGAGACUGGAUACGUCUUCUUUUUCAAAAAUAAAAAAGGAGAGUCAAUGUGCAUUGACGCCCACUCAGACACCUGUGAUUGCCACCCUGGGAUGCAGACUAUUGGCAGGUUGAUCAAUCAUUCCAAAAAGAAAGCCAACAUCAAGCCAAAGUACUUCAGUGUGAAAAUUAAUGGAGAGGAAAGGGACGUGAUCCUUUUCCUUGCAACCAGGACUUUGUUGGUGAAUGAGGAAGUUCUGUUUGACUAUGGAAUCAACAGGAAAUCUUUUGGUGGAGAGGGUAGAGACCUCGACUGGCUCUCAUAGCCUGCAGGGAAUCGGCCGUCAGACAUUCUGUCGCAUGUCCCAGACCCGGUGAAAUGUAACUGAAUUGUCUUGGCCAGCCCUAAGGGCCCCAUCACCAUUCAUAUCCAAAGACAAUAAACUGGGAAUCUUCUCUCUGCCUCACUGAAAAGUAACCUGCACUGCAUCUGCCUGCACUCACUCUGAUCUAUAUUUCCAACCGUCUCAUUGCUGAGGAGUGUGCACCCAUCGCCCAAUCAA